UGCAAACUCUACAUAAUUUUUAUUUACGAUUUCACUUUUCUGUUUCUGAAUAUUCUGUUUAGUGUUUUGUAAUGAAAAUCUGAAGAGGUGUUGGAGUUAGAUGUAAUAUUAGUAUAUUUACUGGUCAGUUAGUGCUAACUUCUAAGUAGUAAAGAUAAUCAUAAAAACGAUGGCUGGAUUAAAAGGAUUAGUAUCUCUUGCUUUUGCUGGUUCCAUUGGCAUGACUUUUGUCAUACUAGCAUGUGGCUUGCCCCAAUACAAGUUAUGGUGGCCAUUUUUCGUCGUCAUUUUCUAUAUCCUUUCCCCAAUCCCAACAAUGAUUGCAAAACGGCACAAUAAUGGUGUUGAUGGAUCAAGCUCACCAUGUAUGGAGACAGCUGUGUUUUUAACUAUGGUUAUCUUAGUAAGCUCGUUUGCCUUGCCCAUUGUGUUAGCACGGGCUGAUGUGAUUCUGUGGGGAGCCUGCUAUCUCACCCUAGCUGGCAAUGUAAUGGUGUAUCUUACAAUACUGGGUUUCUUCACAAUCUUUGACAUGGACGACUCUGAUUACGCGAUGUGGUGAGAAAUCUAGAAACUUCUACGCUGUCAUUGUUGCAGAGACAUUUUCGAAUUUCGUAAAAGGUGUUGUGUUUUAUUGAUGUAAGUGCGAUAUUAUGAUACUGAUGUUAGUUAGUUCAUUUUACUAUAAAUUAUAUAGAUUUUUGUUGAAUCCAUUAUUUAUAAUUGGAUGGUGUUAAUUUUUUUAAAAAAUUAUGUCACUUGAUUAGAUUCGUAAGAAAUAAUAAUUACCAGUGUAUUUUUUUAUGAGCUAGUAUAAUACACAGAAAUAUUAAUAUUCAUAGUUGAUACAUUUGAUAGUAAUAUAAUGUAUAACCUUAUAUUUAAUUAUAAAAUAGUGAAUAUACUAUCUGUAUUAUUUCGACAGGGAAAUGUUUGAAUUGUUGUAAUUAUUACAAAAUAUCACCAGCUAUUGCCUUUACAUAAACCAGAAAGAUUGAUAAGUACUCUAGACUGCUGUUAAUUGUCACUUGUAAAUUAGGUACUGGAUUAUUUACAAAUUAUCUGUUUUAUUUGUAAGGUACAGUAUUUUAUAAGGCUGAUGUCUUAUUCUGCUUGUAUCUUUAAUAUAGAAAAUUAUUAUUACUUCAUUCGUAUUUUUAAAGCAAGAUUUUCAUAAUAAUAUUCAGUAAACAAAGACAGAAUCCAAACUAAGCAAUAGUACUGAAAAUACUUUACAUGCUGUAAUUUUAAUGAAAAAUGUAAAAAGAAAUAUUAAUUAUUCAAUAUUAUAAGAAUUAUAAUAGCAAUAAACAGAAAAUUGUCAUUUAUAGGCUGAUAAUAAUAUUGUUUGUACCUACAUUUCUGUUCUUAUAUCUAUUUUUAAAUCAAAGGAGAUUUUUUAUUUCUUUGUAUAAAAUGGUUUAGAAACGAUUUAAUUCACUAAAAACUUAAUAACAGCCAAUUUUAUAUGUUGUUAACAUAAUCAUUACAUUCCUGUGAAGAUCAUCUAAACUAGAAGUUGAAUUCAGUAUAAUUUAUAAAAGAACUAACUGUGAAAAAAAGCUAAUCUAAUAAAUAUAUAUAUAAAUUGGAUAGUUGAACUACAGAACUUGUUCGCUUGUAUCCCUCAUUUCUGAGAUUAUACAAAUUAAAUUUUUUACCAAAAUUUAUGAAACCUGAGAGUUGAACGGUUUGCUCAGUUGGUAAGAGCGCUCGGACAGAACCCGAGAGGUCGCGGGUUCGAGUCCCACAUCGUUCAUAAAUUUUGGUUACAAAUUUAAUUUGUAUGGUUAACCUAAAUUACCAUAUUUGUUUUUUCUAUAAACUAAAGGUGGUUAAUGUUUAAUAUCUUAUAAAUCAUAUUUCAAAAUAUAAGAUUGAUAUAAUGUGUUGUCUUGUGUGAGCUGAUAGCCUUGUUGCCAAUGCUCUUAAUUAAAAUGGAGGCUAACCUUACAGCUUCAAUGUCAAACCUAGAAUGUUAUACAAGCUUGAUUAUACGUGUCUAUAAGUUGGCGCUGGCUAUGGAUUCUGAUUACUUAAAUAUAUAUGUUUAUUAAAAAAUGGUACUAAUUCAUAAUCCAUAUGAGAGCUAAAAAGCUCAUUAUCUCUUAUUAGCUUAGCAUCUCUUAUUAGCUUAGCUCAGUUAAGCUGGGGCCACAUAAGGCUUAACACCAAAAGAAUUUUUUUAAUCGAAGCGAAAGUCUCAACUUAUCAACUUCAAUCUAGUUGUUUCAGCGGUCACUAAAACCUAAACAAUAUGUAAACCGAAGAAUUGAACCUCGUAACACAUGACCUACAAACAUAUUAUUAAUAACAUAGGUAAUUAGUUUCCUGCAUAAAUUUUACUUGUUUGCAUUGUUUAUAUUUUUGACAUUUGUGCUUUGUCUAUUUUUAGAGACAUACCCUUGAUAAAUAGAUUAUAAUCAAGUUCUUUCCUCUGAUAUGGUAACAUUUCUUACCUUCGAUAGAGUCAUUUAAGUUAUCGGAGGUUAAACAAACGAUUAUAGGUAGGUACGUAAAGAAUUUUAUCGAACGUUCGAUAGGCUUAAAAGACGUUUUCAGCAAUAUAGGUUUAUACAUUAGAUAAUUUAUACGUCUAGAUGGAGUGUGACAGCUGUAAACACGUCGAAAAAACCAGAGGCGAACAAUUAGACUCUAUUUUCAGCAACGCAUGCACACCAAAAGAAGGUGACUGACGUAUCGCGAGUGUAAGACGUAGCUGCCGUGCACGCUAAAGUUAUAAAUUUGAUCUUGUCAUGCGUUGCCAAGAGGCUGUUUCUAGUCGUUUAAAUUAUCCAAAGUUUACACCUUCGAUAAGCUUUUUAUUAUGAAUAAGGCGGUACAUAUUAAAUAUCUUUGAAGAGCUAUGCUAGAGCCUUAAGCUUUACCAUAUAAUUAAAUGUAGUAAUUUUAUAGUAUGGUAAUAAUUAUAAUAGACCUCUAUAUUGUUUUUUUUUUCACGUUUCAACUAAUGCUUGACAAAUUGUUUGGGGGAAAAUAAUUGUGACCAGUUCCAUAUUAAGAAAAUAUACAAGUUAUAGUCUAAUCUUGUUGAAUCUUGAUUUUUACUUGAUAAAAACAACAUGAUAAAUAUGUUUUUACAUAUACUUAUAAUCCGAGCUUUAUUUCACUGAAUUAGCUCGCCUUAAGUUAUUACUCUGUAUUUAGAAUUACAUAUUGUGUAUUUGACAAAGGUGUAUUUAUUUAUAUGUAGAGGUAACAACAUUUAAAUUCUGUUUAGACGAUCUAGGCUUCGUGUAAAUAUUAUGUCACAAUAAAUAAUUUAUCAAUGGUUUUUGUGGAGUAUGUAAUUUUGUCAAGUUUAUUGAUUGAUUCUUGUUGAACAAAUGUACGAUAUUUGAGGUACCAUUAUUUACUAAUUUAUUUGGGUAUACUGUUAUAUAGACACAUGUAAUACAAUCCCUAUUUGGAAACAGGUUACAAUGAUAAUGUGCUUGAUAUUGAGUGCAUUAGUGCAUCACUGUGGCGCAGUCAGUGUUCUAUUGCUAUUUUAUCUAACUUUUAAUUAUAUUUAUAUGUACCAAUGUAUUUUUUAUAUUAUUUUAUCUUUAUUUUCGUGUACUAUGUGUUUGUGUGUGUGUCUUACAUUAUGUAUGUAGUGAUGUUCAAAAUUGCAACAAAUAUCAAAUAGUUUGAGCGCGCAGUCUUGCGUAAGUUGAACAUCUCGAAAGUCGACAAAGAAACCUUUGAUUUAUAUUUUAUGUUCAUAGCUUAGCUAACAGGCACACGUGAACUUCUGAGACUUCUAAACACCUACCUACCUACACAACAGUAAACAAUUUCAUUUAAAAAUCGCUUUGGCAUUUGACUUACCUAUUUGAUAUAACACGAUAUUAGCUAACUUGUGGUAAAUCUUCCAUAGAAGCCACAGUAGAAAGAAUAGAAUAGAUAUUAUUCCAUAAAUUGAAAUAUACUCAAAGUAUUAUAAGAAAAUAAAUCUUUGUUUAAUCUUAGCACCGAUCAUUACCGAUUACCGAACUUAGAAAACACAUACUCAAGCUAUGCUCUACUUUAAUGUUUCACUGGUAAAUUUGUGGUGAGUCUUUCACAGAAGCCACAGUAGGAAGAGAAGAAUAAAAUUAUAAAUCAAUUAUUAUUAAAUUGAAAUAAAAAACAACUCAGACGUGACUCAAUUGCAUUGCGAAUGUGUAGGUUUUAGGAGUCUACUGUUUUCUGUUUCUGAGUUAUAUUCAUAAGAUAACAACAUUUUACAAUAUAUUUUACUUUAAUAAUCUGGUAAAAUUUGUUCUGACUGAUCGCAGUUUCCUCAGCAGACUCGAGCCGAGGUUACCUGCACGAGCGUGACAGUUAAUUGUCAUUCAAUACUUUCAUAUGAAGUGCUCAACGGACGCAAAAAAAUAUAAACAAAACUCAAGCAAUGUACAGUACAGUACAGUACAUAAACAGUAAUCCGCACACACAUAAAUAAAAGUAUUGAGCGAAAAUUUUAUCAUAUUAAUUAAUUUUUAAGAAAUAUAUGUAACAUUAACUAAC